CACGGUGAUCGGACGGAGACAACGAUGUACACGAUUUGGGUAUUAGCAGUAGUGGUCGGGGUAGCGUCAGCAGACGUUAGCCUUGGAUACCACUAUAAUCCACCGACUACAACCUUUGACAUCCCAUCGUAUCCAGUUGGUAGCAGCAACUAUAAUACUGCAUACUCAACAACCAACAACGUUGCCAGUUCUAGUGUGGGCUCCGGCUUUGGUUCAAGCCUUAGCUCCGGCCACGGAUCAAGCCUUGGCUCUGGCUUAGGGCAAAGCUCAAACGGAAAUACUGGUUCGGGCUACAGUUAUAAUGGCCUUAGCUCUGGAACCGGUUCAUCAACUAAUUACAACGUAUUGGGAUCCUCCAAUUACAACACAGCUGGUUCAAGCUCCGGAUCAAAGUAUAAUGUCGGUACAUCAGGCCUUGGCUCCAGAUAUAACACAUAUAAAUCUUCUGAAGUAACUGGAUCUGGCUCAAACUCAAAUUACAACUUUGGUUCAUCUGGCACUGGAUCUAAUUCAAAUUAUAAUACCGCCGGCACCACGGGUUCAGGAUUUGGUUCCAAUUACAACGUUUUUGGCACUACCGGUGCUUCUGGCUCAAACUACAACGCUGGACAACAAGGAGUAUAUCAAGGAUCAAGUUUCGGACAAAAUUCUGGUUACCAAAGUACAUACCACACUACCGCAGACACCAGUGGUCUCGACAAAAUCGGCAGUUACUAUCAAUCUGCAAGUGCUGCUAACCAAUUCAUUUCUUCAAGUCAGUACCAAAGUACUGUUGGACAAAAUUAUAAUGAAUAUUACAAUCAAGUGCAGCAUCAACCAGCUCAAGUAUUUAAGCACUUCUACGUUCAUGCCGCUCCUGAAGAUCCAGAACCAACAAAACCACGACAACCAAUAGUACUACCCCCACCGCAAAAACAUUACAAAAUUAUCUUUAUCAAGGCACCAGCCCAGCAGACUCAAGUACCUCAAGUUAUUCCAGUACCACAACAGAAUGAAGAAAAGACUAUUGUGUAUGUCCUUGUUAAGAAACCUGAAGAUGCAAAGAACAUUGUCUUGCCGAAAUUCGAGCAAAAGGCACCAACUAAACCUGAAGUCUUCUUUAUAAAAUACAACAACAAACAAGAUUCCCAGUCUUUGAUUGAUAAUAUCGUUAGUGACUACAACAAAGGAGGAGUUAGCGCUACAUUCUCUGGUGCAGGUAUCGCAGGUUCUGGUUUUAAAACUGGUUCUUCACAGACUUCUUCCUCUACAAGUACCUCGGGGGAAGAUUCAGGAGACACGCCUUCAGUCUCUCUAGAAUCUAUUUUUGGUAGCUCAGGUAGUCCUAGCUUAUCAACAACUGGAAUUUCCUCAACCACUCCUAGUAGCUUAUAUGGUUCUGAUAGUACGCUGUCGUCUUAUGGCUCUGCUACAACAUCUGGAAAUACUUAUGGUUCCAAUAAAGGCAACUUUUACUCUAAACCUAAUUCUAACUUUGGUUCAACUUCCGGUUCUAGUUCUGGUCUCACUAGUGGUUUUGGUUCAGGUAGUAGCAGCUCAACCAAUUUUGGUUCUUCAUCUGGCAGCUUUGGUUCGGGUUCUAGCAACUUCGGUUCAGGUUCCAAUAAAUUUACUUCUGAAUCUAGUUCUAGCAGUUUAGGCUCUAAUAAAUUUGAAUCUGGUUCAAGCAACAAAUAUGGAUCAAGCUCUAGUGGCUUCAGUUCUGGAAGAUUUGGUUCCGGUUCCACUGGAUUGACUUCUAAAUUCGGCUCUCAGUCUACCAACACAGGAUCGGGUAGUGAGCUUGCCACAAGUUCUAUUGGUUUACCAAGCACAGGAAAUAGCUAUGCAACAAGCACUAGUAACUUGGCAGCAAACUCCGGCAGUUUUGGUGCUGGUUCUACCAGUUCUGGUAUUAAGAAAUUCGGUUCUACUUCUAGCAGUUUCGAUUCUACUUUCUCGUCUACAAAUUCUGGUUUAUCUAGUACCUCAGCUGCAAAACCAAUUACUUUCGUUUCAAGCCCUACCGGAACAGCUGGAUCCACAAGCACUGGUCUUUCUAUUGGCAAUAAUGGCCUUAGCAAUAUCAAUUCAGGUUAUAGUUCCGGCUCUAACAGCUACAAAUCUGUUUCAAAUAGCUUUGAUAAAAAUUCUGGCAGUAGCAACUUGGGUUCUGACAAGUAUAGUACUAGCUCAGGAAGCACAAAUUCUAAAUAUGAAACAAAUGUUUUAACGACUAGUCAAGGUGUUCCUCAUGAAACCUAUGGAACACCUAUAUUUAAAGCAUUAUAGAUUAAUAAUGACAAAUUUGUAACGCUCAUUUUCUUUGUUCUU